AUGAAAAAACUCUAAUAGAUUGAGAAUAUUAAACCUUUAAAUACAGAAUUUAGAUUAACUGAUUUAAAUUAUCUAUUGAAUGGUAAUUGUUAUUGAAAUAUAACAAAGGAGGAAAACCUAAAGAGAAGUAUCUUUUGCAUCAUAUAUUUCAACAUUUUCAUCAGGAUUCUGAACUUGCCAAAAAAUUGACAAACAUUAUACUGAUAUACGAAAACCCAAAUGAAUACGAUAAAGAAAAAUGGACUCCAUUACAUCUAGCUGUGAGAUAUAAUUAAAAUAAAGCAGUGAUUUAUGCCAAAUAAAUUGGAUAAUUUAAUUUUCAUAUUCUUGCAGGACAAUAAGGUUUAUCAUUGAUGCAUUUAGCUGUUUUGAAAAGCAAUUAUGAAAUUAUUGAAAUCUUAAUUGUAAUUUCAAUAAUAACAAUUAGGAAGAGAAAGUAUCACUAUUUACUGAAAAUGCUGAUGGAAUAUUACCUAGAAGAUAUGCACUAUAAUCUCCAGUAAAUUUAAAAAUGAUUAAAAAAUAUGAGAAUAGAUAGAUAAUGACAUUUUUAAUAGAUCUUGAGGAUAUAGAUGAUGAUGAAUCUACUCAAGCUAAUAAAGUUUAAAAUUUAAAUGUUUCUUAAUAAUCAAUAAAAUAAGGAGAGGCAUAUGAUGUUCUAAUAACUAGACCAAAAGUAUCAUUAACAUACCAUGUUUAACAGAAAUAAUUUAAUCCUCAAUAUUUAAAAUGUGAAAGAUUUUAUGAUAAUGCUUUAAGCAUAAUAUUCUAAGGAAACGAUGUACUUAUUUGAUAUGCGC